AUGCCGUGUCAGACUGAUACCUUGGGGCACUAUUCGCAAGACACGUUAGCGGGCUCUUCGGGAAACGAAUAUUCAGGGGUGGAGGCCCCGGUCUCGGGCAAAGGUGGGGCGAAGGCGCAUAGUAGGCACGUCAGUAAGGCAGCUUCUAGAUCCGGGGAAACUCUUCCCACGAAGCAGGCGUUUGAGAUCACUACGCCGCUUAUCCGGGUCGGCCCCGAGCCCACGUGCCACGUCACCCUUAUGCCGCCCACCAGAUUCCCCUCACAGCCCAAUCAGUACUACAACACAUUCAAUGGAACGUACACUCCGUCCCCCAAGUGCGACCCCCGAGGGAGGGGCGACUGGGCGCAGAUCGUGCUGACGUGGACCGCCCAAGUGGCCGGGAGACAGUUCGACCGGCUGGCGGGAGUGUGGGUUGGUGGCGUGGAGAUUCUGCGGACUUCGACCGCGGAGCCGCGCCGCGGCUGCGUGCGCUGGACGAUCGACAAGGACGUCAUCCAGUAUGCCGCCCUCUUUCGAACCGCGCAGCCAAUCAACGUGCAACUGAGUAACCUCGUGAGAGGCAACCUCACCGGGGUGUACACCGUACAAAUCACGCUCGCAUUUUACGCGUCUGGCCCUAUCAACGGGCCCAGCGCGGUGGUACCUGACGUCAUCCUUCCGCUCCGCAACGGUUACGAAAACGGCUCCUGUUCCGGUCCCGACUGCCGGCUCGGAAGAGACGAGCAAGAGUUCUGGUACACCUAUCCGCCCUCCCGGUACGAACCAACCGGGGCGUUUAAGGAGCAAAACACCCUUCCAAUCCAUCCACCUUUCCGUUCCGCGCGAGCGCAGAUCCGGCUCCUGAUCGACGGAACGGUGGUCGGCGUCGUUUGGCCGUUCCCGGUGAUCUUCACCGGGGGCUUUGACCCGCGGCUUUGGUCGCCCAUUGUGGCAAUCGGGGCGUUCAACGCACCCACGACUUCCGUUGACGUUUCGCCGUUUCUGAGCGUUUUCAACGAUGGGAAGCCGCAUACUUUCACGCUCGACAUGGGCGAGACCGUCGGGAAGUUUUGGCUCGUGGACGCCAAUUUGCAGCUCUACCUUGACCCCAACGCAACGGAGCCUCUUUUCGCCGUUCUAGAAGAGUAUGACGUCACACCGGAGCCGCAACGGCUGUCCAAAACAGCCCAAAACGUCUCACUCGACGUCAAUGAAAACGUCACCCGGUUUCGGAUAGGUGAAGAUUAUGGGUUUGUUAGCGAGCAAGAAGUCUCCCUAGACGGCAAACGCGAAGCGUGGAAGCAGCUCACGACUAUCAAGUCUGAACUCGAGACUUUGUCCGUCAGAGAGCAGUUAGCGACGGUUUACUACCGACGUUCCGCGAGGUUUGAGUAUCCAAUCAAGGGAUCCGCUGAAAAGUAA